ACACCAGUAUCUUCUUAUUACUAGCCAUCCAUUCAACAAGUACAACAACAAAAACCCAUCUUGACAACUCAACACUCUCUGCUUACAAUGACUGACGACAGCAAGCUCUGUGUUUUGAUCUAGAGAGAUGUUCCCUCAUUUCCGGUUUAAGUCUUGCGCAAACGUAGAAUGUUCCCUCAAGUCGAUAGUCGAUUUGGUGUGUUCUUCACACUUUUUUUGACCGCGUCGGGGAGACGGGAGCCAACUGAUCAGUUGGGCUACCUUUUCUGGUGACAAUCGGCAGUUGGGUUGGUGUGUCUUCGCCCUAAAAGGUUCUUCUGAAGGUUCAUCAUACAUUGAAUUGUCGGAGUUUGUCUCCAUAAUCAUUUUUAAGGCUUCUGAAACGCAUGAUUCCCAUGGAGUCGGCAUUCUCCCAUUCAAAGUGAAUGGUGCUGUGUAAGUUGCUAUGGGAUACUGGUGAUUUCAGUUUGAAAACUUUACAACCGGUCCUUAAUUUUUCUGGAAAAGCCCCUUCUUUGUUUGUUUUUGGACUACGGAAAAUAAUUCACAUGAUCCGCAACAGCUCCAACUACAAUAUAACAGUGAAAAUGCGGAUUGACGGAAAAUGUCGUCAUUGGUGGGGAAGUGUUGGGAAGCAAUUGAUGGAAUAUCUCAACAAUGGCAGGGAAAGAGUUAAUAUAUUGAUAAAUUGUUUUAAAAUAAAGUAAAAAAAUUGUUGUUAAUCAUGUGCAUGUCUGUUUUAAUUCAAUUAUGAGCAGUGUGUGUGAUUUGGUGGUUGCCCUGUGAAUAUUUUGGGGCCAUAAACAAAAUCUUGCUUAGGGCUACCAAAGUCCUAGGGCCGGCCCUGGUCCUGAGGUCGGGAUGUCCUUCCUUAGUCCAGUUUUGGUCGGUACGAACCACUGCCGACCAGGAACACCCAAUAAGACCUGCAGUUGUAGGAAUACUCUGACCCAGUCAUCAUUGUUACAGUAUGGACCUAGUCAAAGUCACUCAGUUCCUUACAUUGAUCAUUUUGCUGUUUCCAACACAUUAGCUUCGAGGACAAAAUGUUCAUUUGCUGCCUAAUAUAUCCAACCCAGUGAAAGGUAUCAAUAUAAUGAAACAAUGAAUAUUAUUACCACUUCUCCUGUCUGUGGUCAGAAUGUUAUGCCUGGUCGGUGCAAGUCAUAAUAAGAUAAGGAAAUGUACCUACCACAAUUCACCUCAGCAAACGCAUCAGUUUCCUCCAGUCCAGUGUGUCUUGAACGCCACUCAGCUCAUUAACAUAACUUUGCUUUCGUCAACUUCUUUUGGCGGCAAAUACUGAAAACACCGAAAAGGAGAUUGGGUUUUGCUCACAGUAACUUCUUCAAGUCAAUUAUUUUACAUUAACUAGCCGCCAAAGUGUUCUUUAACAGAAUGAUUGGACAGAAGACCAUUAACUCGUUUUUUUCACCGGUGUCGAAGAAGAGAGUCUCUAAGGACCUAAAUGAAGCAGAGGAGGAUGAUAAAACCCCGAAGAAGCCGAAAUACUCAGCGGUGGAACCCGAGCUGCCCAGUCCGCCUGACGCCCCUCUGUCCGCGGAACAGCUGGACAGGAUCGCCCGCAACAAGAAAGCAGCGCAGGAGAAACUGUCUUUGGCUCAGACACCACCGGGGUUUGGAGAGAGCUGGAGGACGGGACUGUCAAAAGAGUUUGGGAAGCCGUAUUUUAAGCAAUUGAUAGCGUUUGUUUCUGAUGAGAGGAAACGCCACACAGUGUACCCACCUACUGAACAUGUCUUCACCUGGACACAGAUGUGUGACAUUAAAGAUGUGAAAGUGGUGAUUCUUGGUCAGGAUCCCUAUCAUGGCCCGAAUCAAGCCCAUGGAUUGUGCUUCAGUGUGAAGAGACCAGUGCCUCCUCCUCCCAGUUUGGAGAACAUGUACAAAGAACUGUCCACAGAUAUUGAAGGCUUUGAGCAUCCCGGGCAUGGAGAUCUGAGUGGAUGGGCCAAACAAGGUGUGCUGUUGCUCAACGCUGUGUUAACUGUCCGAGCUCAUCAGGCCAACUCACACAAAGACAAAGGCUGGGAGACCUUUACAGACGCUGUGGUGCUUUGGCUGAGCAACAAUCUGGAAGGCCUCGUUUUCAUGCUGUGGGGAUCAUAUGCUCAGAAGAAAGGAGCUGCUAUCAACAGGAAACGCCACCAUGUCCUGCAGGCUGUGCAUCCUUCACCCUUAUCUGCUCAUCGUGGAUUCUUUGGCUGCAAACAUUUUUCAAAGGCCAAUGAGAUACUGGUGAAAUCUGGAAAGUCGCCCAUAGACUGGAAGGCACUUUGAGUAAACAUGUCAGGUUUUACAUCAUGUGUUUAACUACAGACAAAAACCCAACCAUAAGCUUUCCUUGUUUUCAUGUUUGGAUAAUUGUUGUUUCCUAAUGAAACAGUUCUUGUUGGUAGUUUACACUGCUGUUUUGUGACACUUCUUACAGUGUCUCUGUCUGUUGUUCAGUUUAAACAUUGUAUUUAUGUUUGUGUAUACUGUUAGUUUUUCUAAGAACAUUAAUUUUUUUUUUUAUACUUCUAAAUAAAUGGUUUAAAAAGUUGAUUUAAUAUGUGUCUUGAGGUUUCCAAAUAACACUGUUGAGUAAAACACACCUACUUCCGAAGGGGAAGGGGAUGCAUAUGAAUCAUUAAAGAAUCAGCUCAUCAGGGUGUUCUUUGUAGACUAGGUAUAAUCACGUAUUACUCUGCCCUGACAGGAUCAGAUGAAUGUG